AUUCAAUGGAGGCCAUUGAAUCUAGGGGUGGAGGAGUCACAUAUUGACAUACACUCCCUAGAAAUAAAUAAUGAAUAAGCAAUUAGGCAAUUCACAAGGUGUCAUAAGGUGUCAUAUCGUCAUAUUGUCAUAUUUUUUUAUGACUGUCAUAACAACACUGUUGUUGUUUCACAUGCAAAAUUAAAAUAUGACUGAUACAACACUGCGUGGUAUGUUUCUUGAGUUCGCUAUUCGAUCAGCUGUAUUUGUUUCUUCUUCUUAAUUGGCGUAGACACCGCUUUGUUUGUUUACAUUCUUAUUAUUGGCGUUUACUCGUAAGUGUUUGAAAUAAAAAAAUUGAAUAAAUUUCGUUUUAAUAUGGAAGGAAACCACGAUAUUCAGUGUAAACCAAAACGCCGCCGUUUCAACCCGGUGCAUAAGUGGAAUGCGGCAGAAGAGAAAGCGCUUGUGGAGUUCCUGAUGGAAAAUAGAAGUUUCGAGAAACCAACGGCUCAAAGUUUUUAUGGUCGUUUCAUCCAAGACACGCAGCUGACGGUAGAGUGGAAAGCAGUGCGCGCAAAAGUACGCAAUAUGCGCACUAAUUAUAAUAAAGCAAAGGAGUGGGAAGGGUCGACAGGCGCAGGAAGUAUGGAAGGCGACACCAUAAAAAAUACUUUAAGAAAAAUGUGUUUUUUCUAUGAACAGCUGGAUGAUAUUUUCGGCAGCAGAUUAAAUUGUUCUGCAGUAGUGGAAGACAGUUUGGUGUUAGAAAGCGAUUCUACAAGUCCAUCGGGAGCAGAAUGUGUGGUUGAAGCGGGCAGUUCAGUUGAAGCUGAAGAAAUACAAAGUCCUGCGUUGAACGACAAUGUAUGCACUCGAAGGCAGAAAGGAAUAUAUUCCAAAACUGCCUUGUCAGAUAUUUUGCAGGUUCAUGGCGAGAUCGCAGAAAUAAGAAAGCAAAAGCUUAAGAUGGAUGUUGCAGCAAGGGAAAGGGAAAUGUUAAUCAAAGAAAAAGAAUUAGAAUUAAAAGAAAAAGAAAUAGAAUUAAAAAAAAGAGUUCACUUUUGA